AAGAGUUUGUAGACACACUCAUUAUUAUAAAUGAUGUGGUAUACCGUCAUAACUAUCCCUUAUAGGUUCGAAAACUCAGUAGUUCCACAAACGUAGUUGCAAAACAAACUGCUGCUACCUAACAACGUUACUAGCCAGUGUAUUUUUUUAACUCGCAUACUCCGUGGUACCUGCCAGAUCAUGUUGAUGUCAGACCCGGUAAUCAAAGCCAACCCACCCGCCCAUGGCCACGAGGUGUUUUUUGGCAAAACUGUUCUUAUAAAUGCCUUCCAGUGCGAUCACAUGAUAAUUUGCUGGAAUACCCGUUCAGCUAAAACGUCCCACCUUUUUAGUUGAACGGGACAACUGAUGACGAGAAGGGAUUCCACCCCUUCGCCCUUCCAAAAAAAACUGCUGCAUAGUUAAAUGACCAGGAGGCUGUCAUCAUUUUGGAGAAGACACCCAUACGAGAGGACACCCUGUUUGAACUGCUUCAUUGUUCCAGAUUUAAUUUGGACAUGAGUAAUGAUAUCUACAGGACCUAUCAACUCCAACCCCCUGCUCAUUUGAAUGAUAUCAAGACGACCGUAAUCUGUCCGGCUACUGAGAAGCAUGUGAAGAAAUACCUGCUCCAGGAGACCUACUUGGUUGAGGAAACUGGGGAGGACUACCGCACUAUCACUCUGCCUUACAUUCAGAGUCAGAGCUUCAGUGUACAGUGGGUGUACAACAUCUUGGAGAAGAAAGCGGAAGCAGAGCGGAUUGUUUAUGAGGACCCAGACCAGGAUGUAGGGUUUGUCCUGCUACCAGAUUUCAAGUGGGACCAAAAGCAGUUGGACAACUUGUAUUUGAUUGCCAUCGUUCAUCGAAGGGACAUCAAAAGCUUGCGGGACCUGACAGACAUGCAUUUGCUACUGCUGAGCAACAUUCGUAAGAAGGGAGAGGAGAACAUUUUGAAGAGGUAUGGUUUGGCAGCAAGUAAGCUGAGGGUGUAUCUUCACUACCAGCCAUCCUACUACCACCUCCAUGUUCACUUCACUGCUCUGAGCUACGAAGCCCCUGGCUGUGGGGUGGAGAGGGCCCACCUGCUUUCGGACGUUAUCCAGAACAUCCAAAUGGACUCUCAGUACUACCAGAGCCGCUCACUAUCCUUUCCCCUGCGGGCUGACGAUAAUCUGCUCAGCAAGUUCAAAGAAGCCGGGAAGCUCUAGUGUAUCAACCAAAUUUGUUAACAUGUUGCAUUUGCAGAGAGAUGACCCGUUGUGGUUCAGAUGAAUGAAAUGGUGAAUGUAGUUUAGGAGCAGAUUCAGAGGAGUAAAUGUAUGCCUUUCGUUUGGAUUCCAUUUCUGGAUAUUUCUCAGUACAUGGAUUUAGGUGUAACAGGCUUUCAAGGAGGGGUGGCUUUUAAUCUAAUUCAGCUGUUGAAAACUUACUAUUGCUGUCAGACACAUUUUCAUGAGGAGUUUUUAUAUAGAUUCAUGUGAAUCUGUCUCUUUAAGUACCUUUAAUGAGUUUUAUCAAAAUAAUUGCUAGCAUAACAUGGAACAAACCAGUUCAGAAUAGUGAUAAAUGAAAGAAAGCCAUCUACAUACAACAUUUUGGGUAUUUUUAGCACUAAUUGUUUGAUUCUUCUCUGUAGAUCUUGUAGAUUGCAUAUUGUAAGGAAUGUUUGAUAAAUUCAUAGCUGUUUUUAAUGGUCAAUUCAGUUAUUCAACCCUUGGUAGUAUUGUUUUUUUGGUUUUUGGCUUGUCCACCAAAAUUUUUCUAGAGCAGUCAUGUUUAGUGUUUUUGCUUUUUCACAUGCAACCUGUCUGAUUCAGUGUUUCAGGACUAAUUAAUUAUGUGUUGGAAAAAAGUGUUGUAUUUUCAAAACAGCUGUCGGAUAGGCCUAUUAAAUAUGACAGCAAUUUGGAAGUUUCACUGAUGUAUUUUUAAUAAACUUGAACUGCAA